CGGCGGUGACGGCAGCGGCCGAGGGGGCGGUGGCUACGAGGGGGGUGCGAAGCGGGCGGAAGAGGCGUCUGCGCCCGCGGCGAGGUCGCAGAGGAACAUCGUGGGGAUCAAAGAGUAUCACCUGUUCUCCAAGAUGAGUAACAGCCACCCUCUACGCCCCUUUACUGCAGUGGGGGAGAUUGAUCAUGUGCACAUUUUGUCUGAACAUAUUGGUGCCUUGUUGAUCGGGGAAGAAUAUGGUGACGUCACGUUUGUUGUGGAAAAGAAACGUUUUCCUGCCCACAGGGUGAUUUUAGCAGCGAGGUGCCAAUAUUUUCGAGCAUUGCUCUAUGGUGGAAUGCGGGAAUCUCAGCCUGAAGCCGAAAUCCCCCUCCAAGACACCACGGCAGAAGCCUUCACAAUGCUCCUUAAAUACAUCUACACCGGGCGGGCGACGCUGACGGAUGAGAAGGAGGAGGUGCUGCUGGACUUUCUGAGCCUGGCUCAUAAAUAUGGAUUUCCAGAGCUGGAGGAUUCUACCUCUGAGUAUCUCUGCACCAUACUUAACAUUCAGAAUGUCUGUAUGACGUUUGAUGUUGCCAGUCUCUACUCACUUCCCAAGUUGACUUGCAUGUGCUGCAUGUUUAUGGACAGAAAUGCUCAGGAGGUGCUCUCAAGCGAAGGCUUCCUUUCCCUUUCUAAGACAGCACUUUUAAGCAUCGUAUUAAGAGAUUCAUUUGCAGCUCCCGAGAAAGAUAUUUUCCUAGCUUUGCUAAACUGGUGUAAGCACAAUUCAAAGGAGAACCAUGCUGAAAUCAUGCAGGCUGUGCGCUUACCUCUGAUGAGCCUUACGGAACUUCUGAACGUCGUGAGGCCUUCGGGACUGUUGUCUCCUGACGCCAUCCUGGAUGCUAUUAAAGUCCGAUCAGAGAGCCGGGAUAUGGACCUCAAUUACAGAGGCAUGCUCAUACCAGAAGAAAACAUUGCAACUAUGAAGUAUGGAGCCCAGGUGGUAAAAGGGGAGCUGAAGUCUGCCUUAUUAGAUGGUGACACUCAAAAUUAUGAUCUGGAUCAUGGAUUUUCUCGGCACCCAAUUGAUGAUGACUGCCGUUCUGGCAUCGAGAUUAAGCUGGGUCAGCCGUCCAUUAUCAAUCAUAUCCGCAUCCUGCUGUGGGACCGAGAUAGCCGGUCUUACUCAUACUUCAUUGAGGUGUCAAUGGAUGAACUCGAUUGGAUCAGAGUGAUCGAUCAUUCGCAAUAUCUGUGUCGUUCUUGGCAAAAGUUAUAUUUUCCAGCCCGUGUCUGCAGGUAUAUUCGAAUAGUUGGGACUCACAACACAGUGAACAAGAUUUUCCACAUUGUGGCUUUUGAAUGUAUGUUUACAAACAAAACCUUCACUCUGGAGAAAGGGCUGAUAGUUCCCAUGGAGAAUGUUGCGACAAUUGCUGAUUGUGCCAGUGUGAUUGAAGGGGUCAGUCGGAGCCGAAAUGCCUUGCUGAACGGGGACACCAAGAACUACGAUUGGGAUUCUGGCUACACGUGUCAUCAGCUAGGAAGUGGUGCAAUUGUGGUUCAGCUGGCACAGCCAUACAUGAUCGGAUCAAUACGGUUGUUGCUGUGGGACUGUGAUGAUCGGAGCUAUAGCUACUACGUUGAGGUUUCCACCAACCAGCAGCAGUGGACCAUGGUAGCCGACAGGACAAAAGUCUCCUGCAAGUCCUGGCAAUCGGUGACUUUUGAAAGACAGCCUGCCUCCUUCAUCCGAAUCGUUGGAACACACAACACAGCAAAUGAGGUUUUCCACUGUGUCCACUUUGAGUGUCCUGAGCAGCAGAGCAGCCAGAAGGAGGAGAACAGCGAGGAGCUGGGGACCGGGGACACCAGUCCGGCCAGUCAUCAGCUCGACCCCCACGCCCUGCAGGCCCCCAGUGGCAACGCUCUGCCCGCCAGCCCAGGCGCCCCCUCGCGCUCCCCGAACCGGCAGCACCGAUAAAGGAGGCGCACACGCAGAGUGCCUCGGGUGGGCGCAGGUGGCACAGGAACCCCCCACCCUGAGCAGGGGUCUUUGCAGAAUGUUCUCCCCUCCCCUCCCGCCCCUGUGAGGAGCAGACCUGGCUGCACACAGGGACACAGGACAGCUUUCCUCCCGAGGACACAAAGGGGCUGCUUUGUUCUCAGUUUGUUCGCAUCAGACUGGUCUCCGGGGAAGAGAGUGGGUCUUCAGUCCUCACAGAGUCCACCGUUAGCACCGUCCCGCCCUCGGCUCACCCUGCACGGGGCGCAGGGGAAGCUGCAGCGGGAAUAAGCAGUGGCGCGGGAACCCGGGGACGCGGAGAACACGCUAGGCCUCUAUCACCUGGAGGCGCCUUAGGAAAUGGGUUUCCGUGGAGUGUUUACAUUUCUGGAACACAUCGCCCUGGCAACAAAAGAUUUUUAUUUCUUUUAGUUAUUCUCCAUUUGCUGAAUCAUAGGUGUUCCAGAUCUCUUUGAAAGGCUCAAACAGCAAAUCACUUGUUUUAAUCCCUUUUGACGCUGUAAUUUUCCUUCCUUAGUUCUGAGCGGUUGCGCGUGGGGUAGAGCUGAGGGACAUCGUGCACGGCUCCUAAAUGAGGCCCAGAUGCAGCUCAUCAUGGCACCUGGUCUGACAAGGAAAAUCCUUUGAGGAAGUUCAACAAAAUACACAAUGAGCAAAUCAA